AUGUUUUGGCUUGUUCAAAAUCGCAUUGGGAACACCUUGUUCCGCCUCAAACCUCGGGCUUCUCUCGCUCUUUUCUCUGCGCUCGUCGAGAAUCUCUCCACAGCUUCGGAGCGAUUACCCGAAACGAUUCACGAAUCUUCAGAUUCAGAGGCAAUUUGGAAUGUCAUCGUUGGUAGAGCCGGCGAUAGAGUCAGCGAAGACGAGGUUUUCAAUCGUCUAUCGAACGAUGAGAUAUGUAACAGAGUAAACCUCUCCGAUGCUCUGAUUCACAAACUGCUCCACAGGUUUAGAGACGACUGGAGAUCCGCGCUCGGGUCAGAUGAAGAUUUCCCACUUUCAUUCAACGCACCGAGUUCUGGAAUCCAGCAUGUUUGUCAACCAUUCUCGAGGUCUUCGAGUGGCAAAGAUAUGGAGGACAAGACGGACAGAAAGAGAUGUUAA